GGGAACUGAAGUGUUCUAGAUGAGAAGACACAGAACAGGUUCACCUAGGAAGGCUGUCCCCGACCCCUGACAGGCUACUAAUCAGUUGGAGUGCUGCACCUCUCACUACUAUUCCUUUAUUCACUGCUGCAGACUUCCUGGCUCUCUGCUCUUCAGACCCACGUAUUGAUUUCCUCACCAGUGACACCUGAGUGUUGGAUCUGAACAGGACCCACAGGUGGCUCUGGUGACUGAGAUGGCAUCCUCUCUAAAGGUCCUAGGCCCUCUCUUGAUCGUGCUGUUUCCCCUAAGUGGGCUGCUUGUACACAGCCAGAACCUUUCUUGGAGGGAAUUCAUGAAACAGCACUACCUGAGCACGAGCUGGAAAUUCAGUGACUACAAAUGCAAUGAUCUCAUGAGGGAAAGAGAAGCUCCACAAGACCGGAACUAUCACAUCUUCAUCUAUACCUUUUGGCACAAAAUCGAGCAUAUUUGCCACAGGAAGUGGAGAGACCGUUACAGAAAUGUAUACAUAUGGGCCCAGCAUCCCUUCAAAAUACUCCAGUGCUACCAGGAAGGCAACCGAAAGAGCUAUAGAGAGCACGGCGGCUACAGCUACAUUGAAUUCCACUGUGGCAUGAACGGGUAUGUCGAUGGCAUAGAGGACAUCCAGUUGUUAGACAUCAAAAAAUAGAACAUCUACCCAUGUCUAGACGUUUGAGUAGAGUGUCCAAUACUUCCCAGGCGGGAGCCUGUGCCUCUGUCAACAGCCCUUGCUACUCCAUCCUUUGCAUUUGUGUGCCAGCAUUUUCCAACUACUUAGAGAUAUGCAUCAUCACAUGCUUUCUUCCUAUCAAAACCACUCACAGUUUCUCUGUCUGGAGUACUCCUGUGCCCUCGUGUAUCUGAUUUUCUGCUACAGUUUUUUAAGAUUACGCUCUAUAUGGCUUCUCUGUUUUACUGAACCAGACAUGUUCCUGAUUGUGACUUUCCUUUUACUGACUGAACCUGAAUGGUCUUCCUUCCCUAAAUAAAUUA